AUGGUGGCGGCAAUGUUAUGGAGUUUCCGCUGCUCCUCGCUUUCAUGCCAUCAGGUUAGGAAGCUAGCAAGAUAGCUAAGCUAGCGUCACGCUAGGCCUUCAGCAGAUCAGCAGCUACCCAGAUCAAAAGCUGCUUUUCGGAAGGAGACAAAUACCCCUUUAUGAAUCUGUAUGAGAACAGUUAAAUUCUCAGAAAUAUGGUGGUUCUCAAAAUCCGAGACCAGCCUGCUUUGCUGAAAGCUAUAUUCAAUGUGGACCCAGAUGAAGUACGCUCGCUGAUAUUCAAAAAAGAGGAUGUGAAUGCACAGGAUAACGAGAAGCGAACUCCAUUGCAUGCUGCUGCUUACCUUGGAGAUGCCGAAAUUAUAGAGCUGCUGAUUCUUUCAGGUGCCAGAGUAAAUGCCAAAGACAACAAGUGGCUCACUCCUCUGCACCGAGCAGUGGCCUCCUGCAGUGAGGAGGCAGUCCAGGUAUUGCUGAAACACUCUGCAGACGUAAAUGCCCGAGACAAGAACUGGCAGACCCCACUUCACAUUGCUGCAGCCAAUAAGGCUGUCCGAUGUGCCGAAGCACUUGUCCCACUGCUCAGUAAUGUGAAUGUGUCAGAUAGAGCAGGGCGGACUGCACUGCAUCAUGCAGCCUUCAGCGGUCACCUAGAGAUGGUGAGGCUCCUGCUCUCCAGAGGAGCAAAUAUCAAUGCCUUUGACAAAAAGGACCGUCGUGCAAUCCACUGGGCAGCCUACAUGGGACACAUAGAAGUUGUGAAGCUGCUGGCAUCUCAUGGAGCUGAGGUGGCCUGUAAGGAUAAGAAAUCUUACACUCCUCUACAUGCAGCAGCCUCCAGUGGAAUGAUCAGCGUUGUCAAAUACCUCCUGGAUCUGGGGGUGGAUAUCAAUGAGCCUAAUGCUUAUGGCAACACACCCCUUCACGUGGCCUGCUACAACGGUCAGGACGUGGUGGUGAAUGAGCUGAUCGAAUGUGGAGCAAACGUCAACCAGGUGAACGAGAAGGGCUUCGCACCGCUCCAUUUUACCGCUGCCUCACGCCAUGGGGCGCUCUGUCUGGAGCUCUUAGUGUGCAAUGGAGCUGAUGUCAAUAUCAAGAGCAAAGAUGGUAAAACUCCACUCCACAUGACGGCCAUUCACGGGAGGUUUUCUAGGUCUCAAGCAAUCAUUGAGAAUGGCGCUGAGAUUGACUGUGAAGAUAAAAAUGGAAAUACACCACUGCACAUUGCAGCUCGAUACGGACACGAGCUCCUGAUUAACACACUCAUCACCAACAGAGCUGACACAGCUAAACGAGGUAUCCAUGGUAUGUUCCCGCUGCAUUUGGCGGCUCUAAGUGGAUUCUCAGACUGUUGCCGAAAGCUCCUAUCAUCAGGUUUCGAUAUUGAUACUCCUGAUGACUUUGGAAGGACCUGUUUACAUGCUGCAGCUGCUGGAGGAAACCUGGAAUGUCUCAAUCUUCUCCUCAACACGGGGGCGGACUUCAACCGAAAAGACAGUUUUGGCAGGACCCCUCUGCACUAUGCUGCUGCCAACUGUAACUACCAGUGCCUGUUUGCUCUGGUAGGCUCUGGGGCCAGCGUCAAUGACCUAGACGAGCGGGGCUGCACUCCACUCCAUUACGCCGCCGCCUCGGACACAGAUGGAAAGUGCCUGGAAUAUUUACUGAGAAAUGAUGCAAAUCCAGGGAUUCGGGACAAUCAGGGCUACAAUGCGGUGCACUAUGCCUCGGCAUAUGGACAUCGCCUCUGUCUGGAGCUGAUUGCAAGUGAAACACCUCUAGAUGUGCUAAUGGAAACCUCAGGGACAGACAUCUUGAAUGACUCAGAUGUUCGAGCCCCCGUCAGCCCCCUGCACCUCGCUGCAUACCACGGUCACCAUCAUGCAAUGGAGGUACUAGUCCAAUCUCUGCUGGAUCUGGAUGUGAGAAACGGCCAAGGGCGAACACCCCUGGACCUGGCGGCCUUUAAGGGUCAUGUCGAGUGUGUGGAUGUUCUCAUCAACCAGGGAGCCUCCAUCCUGGUCAAAGACUUCACCUUGAAACGAACCCCCAUUCAUGCUGCAGCUACAAACGGUCACUCAGAAUGUUUGCGUUUGCUGAUUGGAAACGCUGAUCUUCAAAGCGCAGUAGACAUUCAAGAUGGGAAUGGACAGACCCCUCUGAUGCUGUCUGUUCUCAGUGGACACACAGAUAGUGUUUACUCUCUUCUUAACAAGGGAGCCAGUGUCGAAGCCAAAGACAAAUGGGGCAGGACGGCCCUGCAUAGAGGAGCAGUGACUGGCCACGAGGAAUGUGUGGAGGCCUUGCUUCAGCACAGCGCCAACUUCCUGGUGCGGGACUGUAAAGGACGCACACCGAUCCACCUGGCAGCAGCAUGUGGACACUUUGGGGUAUUGGGAAGCCUGCUGCAUGCUGCCCAAUCAGUGGAAACACUCCCUGUCUUAACAGACAACCAAGGCUACACCCCACUGCACUGGGCCUGCUACAAUGGUCACGAUACAUGUGUGGAGGCCCUGCUGGAGCAAGAGGUUUUUCACAAGGCUGUAGGCAACACAUUCAGCCCCCUCCACUGUGCUGUGAUACAUGACAAUGAAGGUGCUGCUGAGAUGCUGAUAGACACUCUGGGCCCUGCGAUUGUCAAUGCCAAAGAUACUAAAAACAGGACCCCUCUACAUGCAGCAGCCUUUACUGACCAUGUAGAGUGUCUCCAGCUGCUGCUGAGCCACAACGCUCAGGUUAAUGGCAUCGACGCUGCAGGGAAGACCCCACUAAUGAUGGCUGCUGAGAAUGGCCAGACCAAUGCUGUCGAGCUGCUGGUGAGCAGUGCAAAAGCAGACCUCACUCUGCAGGAUGCAGUGAAGAACACGGCACUUCAUCUGGCCUGCAGUAAGGGACAUGAAACCAGUGCCUUGUUGAUAUUAGAGAAGAUUACAGACAGAAACCUCAUCAACGCCACUAACUCCGCCUUACAGACGCCUUUGCACGUUGCUGCAAGAAAUGGUCUGACUGUGGUGGUGCAAGAGCUGCUUGCAAAAGGAGCCAGUGUGCUUGCAGUUGAUGAAAACGGUUACACCCCCGCCUUGGCUUGUGCCCCCAACAAAGAUGUGGCAGACUGCCUAGCCCUCAUCCUGGCCACCAUGAUGCCUGUGUCCCCCUGUACCCCUGCACCCACCCUCCCUUUUAGUGCCAUUAAUCACUACACCACUAGCCCCUCCAAGAGCGUCACCUUCGAUAGCUUGCCAGUGCUGCGCAGUGAGCACAGCUCGUACUGCAGUUUCAACAACAUCAGCCAUCACGACGGCUUCUACAAGGACGAGGAGCUCAACGACUCUGAUUCAGAGACGUACUGAGGGAUGGGAGGAAGCUAGAAAUGCAUAAACACACACACACACACACUGUGUCUUAAAAAUCACCCACCGCCAGCUUGGGAGGGCAGAAGAAAGAUAAGCCCACACAGGAGCCUUAAGAGUCCCCCCCUUCCCCACCCAGGAGAGCACAAGAGAGGGAGGAGGUGCAGCAGGCUGGCCCACACUCAUCCCGACCUCAUCCAGCACCGGGGCGUCCUUUCAGCCGAUACUGGACUCAACGGCUGCUGCUUUACCAACACUGGCUCCCUGAGUGCUAAAAAUUGUACUUGGUGGGCGGACAGCAACCUUUUGAAGGCAAUAAUGAGCCGAACAGAGACGGUAGCACAGAUAAACGGACAGGGACCAAAAGAAUGCAUUUUAACCCAGAUUUGACUGUGUGAAUGAGUUUGAGAAUCUUUGGGUUGAUCCGUUCAGGGGGUUGAAAGAGCCAGGUUUCUUUUUUUUGAAAUACUUAUGAGGUUUGAAGGUUGAUAUCCACUCACUACAACCAUCAGAAUGCACUUGUCCUUCACUUCUGUAAGUCAUAAAAGGGGAAAAUCAUUUAUUUUUUGGGAUGAAAGAUUUUAAUAUACCCUUCUUAAUGUCUUAAACUCUUUGUCCUCCAGAAAAAAUUCAAAUUUACUGACGUGAAUCAUUAAAAAAUAAAACUGUCCUCCAGGUUAUUUUUAAGUUGAUCACACUCACCUUUGUAAAUUGACCUGUCCAUUUUGCUUUAGUCUUUCAAGAAUAAAUUAUUUGUGUACUUUUGGUUCCUAUUUAUGUGUUCAUUUUGUGCCUUCAUUAGUUACUGAGAACAUAUGGGUUUGUAGAGGCAGCUGUGAAACUACAGUGAUGCGCACUCGGUAAAUAACAAAACACUUGUGAGAAGCACUGAUCGAAUACUGAGGUAUGUGAGGAGAAGCACUGUAAACCAAUGAUGGGACAGCGUUUGAGUUUUGUUUUUUUUUUUUCUGUUUGAAUGAUAUUUUUGCUCCUAUAUUAGUCAAUGUUUGUUGACAGGUUUUGUUUGCUUUAACUUCAAAAAGAAAACCACUCAAAUCCUUCAUGAUUCAGAACUUCCCAGAUCUUGUCUGUUGGAAAAUUCUUUUAACUGGAAGUAUGUACAAUACAUUUGCUAGCUUCAUUAGAAUGGAAAAGGUUUUCUCUUUUCCUUGAUUUUUGGGGGUUGAAACUAGCAUGUAUAUAGAAAUGACUGUGAAUUCAAAGCUCCAAUGAAUUCUUUCAGUACUGAGAUUGCUGUAUAUUUUAUGAGUAAUAAAGAAAUGAGUAAUUUAAUAAUGAA